GCUACAAAUUUUGAUUUCUUAUUUCAAGUUUUUCCAUUAAAGGAAAAUUUAAACAUUUUUGUAGCACGAAUAAGGAUCAGAUCGGGGAAGCUUACACGAAAUCUCCUUCUUAGGGUUCAUAACACUCAAUCGUCUUCAAAUAUCCGCGUUGUUUCCUGAUCAUGUUGCCAAGUCAUAUUUGGUCUCUGAUGCAAUUUCCAUUAUAAAUUAGGUUUUUCAGUUCAAUUCUGAGGGUUUUGCGUUUGAAUCAUCACCAAUUUGCUUUCAAAUUUCAAUAAAUUGUUUUCUGGAAGAAAAUAUAUUUGAAUUUCGUAGAUUAAGUAAUGGGGGGAAGUAGUUCAAGGGAAGAAAGGGCGAGAUAUAGGCAUUCAUCAUCGUUUCAAUCGAGUUCAUCUUUUUCUGGAAAUCAGUAUGGUGGUCAUCCUCCUCAACCAUCUUAUUCUUUUCCGGCACAAAGAGAUGAAAAUUACCCUGCUCAGGAGGUGUAUCCGACGUAUCCACAGCAACACUAUGGUGCAUCUCCGGCUGCUGCUGCUCCAGCCAAUGGAGCCCAACCUCAUAGACCACAGAAGAAGCUUGACAAGAGAUAUUCAAGAAUUGCAGAUAGUUACAAUUCUUUGGAACAGGUGACCGAGGCUCUUGCGCAUGCUGGGCUUGAGUCUUCCAACCUCAUUGUUGGUAUCGACUUCACCAAGAGCAAUGAAUGGACUGGUUCAAGGUCCUUCCACAGAAAAAGUUUGCAUCAUAUUGGCGAUAGUCUAAAUCCGUAUGAACAAGCUAUAUCUAUCAUUGGGAAAACGUUGGCAGCUUUUGACGAGGAUAACUUGAUUCCUUGCUAUGGAUUUGGAGAUGCAUCUACACAUGAUCAAGAUGUUUUCAGCUUUUAUCCUGAAGAUAGGUUCUGUAAUGGAUUUGAGGAUGUCAUGAGUAGAUACAGAGAAAUUGUCCCUCGUCUAAAGCUUUCAGGACCAACAUCUUUCGCCCCUGUAAUUGAACAGGCCAUGACAAUCGUCGAACAAAGUGGGGGCCAGUAUCAUGUGCUAUUAAUCAUUGCUGAUGGGCAGGUAACAAGAAGUGUGGAUACCGAGUAUGGUCAAUUGAGUCCACAGGAACAGAAUACCGUAGAUGCCAUAGUCGAAGCAAGCAAGCUUCCACUCUCGAUUGUUUUAGUGGGGGUUGGAGACGGGCCUUGGGACAUGAUGAAGGAAUUUGAUGAUAACAUCCCUGAUCGAGACUUUGAUAAUUUCCAGUUUGUCAAUUUCACAGAAAUCAUGUCGAAGAACAUGCCUUUGAUCCGAAAAGAGACAGAAUUUGCUCUUUCAGCAUUAAUGGAAAUCCCUUCUCAAUAUAAAGCAACGAUCGAACUGAAUUUACUAGGUAGUCGCAGAGGAAUUUCUCCCCAAAGGGUCGCCCUUCCUCCUCCAAUUCGCCCACCAUUCUCAAAACCAUCGUAUUCAAAUAGCUUUCAAAAGGGCUCACAAUCAUAUUAUGGCCAUGGCAGUCCUGUUCGUUCUGCUUCUUUAUAUGGUCAAAUUAGCCCGGAUCACACAUCGGCAUCGAUUUCGAAAUCUACUUCCGACAACCAGCUAUGCCCCAUUUGCCUUAAUAACACGAAGAACAUGGCCUUCGGUUGCGGACACCAGACAUGUUAUGAGUGCGGAGAAACGCUUCAAUUAUGCCCGAUUUGCCGAAGUUCAAUCCAAACUAGAAUAAAGCUCUACUAAGCAUUGGUUUGUCUUAGCUGUUUUAGCUUAGCAGGUAAGGAGGUAGACAUCAUUGCAGAAUGAAUAGAAAUCUAGAGUUUGAAUCUAGAUUCCAUAGCUGAGAAGCAUGAUUUACCUUUCUUAUGAUGAUUGUGGGACCAGGAACGCUCCAGAUUGUGGUGCAGAGUGUUAUUUAUUAUCCGUUCUAUACCAGUAUUAUUCAUUCUUUCAUGAUUCUUUUGAUAAACAAUAUAUACAUAUUUUUUUGUUUAGGUGGAGUUGUUUAGGCUUGUUUUCAGUGAUACAUAGAAGUCGAAAAAUGAUGUAAAUGGACACAGAUUUUUUCCUGUCAAUACGUUUUUGGUGAUUUGA